GCUUUUAAGGUAUUCAUUCAUGUUCCAGGUAGUCAACAAUAGUUUCUAUUUUGCUGAGAAGUGGACUUUAGUGUGUGACAUAACCUGAAAUUCCUGCCUCAUAAGCAAAUACCAUCAUGGUUGCAGACGAGUACUUUCACUCAGAUGAUAGAAAAGGGUUCUGUGGGAAGACAUCACCUGUUUGCUUACAGUAUAAACAAAACCUUGCCUUUAAAUAUCAGCAGAAAACAGCAUUGUCUCUGGUUUGAGAGGAUCACAGGCGCUGGUGGUUGGACCCUCUUCGGACCUGAUAUUGACUAACACUUGACUUUCCAUUGCCUGGCAAAUUCUAGAAACAUUUCAGGGAUUCACAAAUUGACUAAAAGCUGAUCUGAUUCUAUUUCUUCCCAUAUUUGCUUCCUCCAAUAACAUCAUGGCUGAGUCUAGUUUCCCUUUACCACCAGAAGCCUAUUGUCCACUGUGUGUGGAUGCACUGAGAGACCCGGUCACCAUUGGCUGUGGUGACACUUACUGCCUGGAGUGCAUCAAAAUCUACUGGGACCAGUUCGACCACAUGGGUGUGUACAGCUGCCCACAGUGCCGCGCAACCUUCACGCCACGGCCUGUGCUGAGACGUAACCUGCCCGACGUAAACUACGAGCCUCGGCGCCAGCUUCCAGAGCUCACUCCUUUCCCCUACAUGCACCGGGAAUCCUUCUGCGAUUUCUGCGUCGGCCGUCGCAACAAGGCUGUCAAGUCGUGCCUCAUGUGCCUGGCGUACUACUGCGAAACGCACGUCAAGCCACAUUAUGAGUCAUCCACCUUCAAGAGACACAAGCUGGUGGAUGAGACGGGCCACCUGGACAGGAAGAUCUGCCCCCAGCAUGAGAAAGGCCUGGAGCUCUUCUGUCGCUCUGACCAGAUGUGUAUCUGUGUGUUAUGUACUGUCAGAGAGCACCGAAGCCACAACAUUACCUCAGCAGAGGAAGAACGCACCGAGAAACAAAAAGUCCUGGUGGUCACACAAUCUGAAGUCCAGCACAUCAUUCAGGAGAGGAUGAAGGAGCUGCAGGAACUGAAGCAUAAUGUGGACGUUCUCAAAAGUUGCGCCCAGCGAGCACAAGCAGAAAGCGAUAAGACGUUCCACGAAAUGCUCCAAGCGGUGGAGCGCUGGAAGGCUGAAAUCAAUCAGAUGAUAAAGGCCAACAUGCAGUCAGCGAUGUCACAAGCUGAAGGCUACGUGGACCGUCUGGAGCAGGAGAUACUGGAGCUUCAGCGCAGAGAUGCAGAGCUACGACAGAUCCUCGAAACAGAGGACAACAUUCACUUCCUGCAGAAUUUUCCAACCCUGUGCGUUCCUCCUGAGGCCAUGGUGCCCAAAGUGCUCAUCAACCCUCAGUUCUCCUUUGGUGAGAUGAGCAAGACAGCCACAGAAAUGAAGGAACAUCUGGAUGACAUCUGUAAGAAGGAACUGAGCAAAAUCUCCAAGACAGUUAGUGAAACCCCUGUGUAUAUACUUUUGCCAAGAAAUGGAGACAAACGACUCAAAGUUCCUGGAAGAGUGGAUUUUCAGGAGCCGAAAACAAGACAAGACUUUUUGAGAUACUCCUCUAAGAUGUCCUUCGAUCCGAACACAGUCUACAAAGAGCUGGUCCUGUCCGACGGGAACCAGAGGAUCACCCGGAAGAAAACAGUCCAGUUUUAUCCAGAUCACCCAGACCGCUUUGAUGGCUUCUCCCAGGUGCUGUGCAAGGAGCCCCUGACUGGCUUCAGAUUUUACUGGGAGGCAGAGUGGAACGGGGAGUUUUCCAUUGGGGUGGCCUACAAGAGCAUCAGUCGCAAGGGGAAGAAUUCACACAGCCUGCUGGGCUACAAUGACAAGUCUUGGAGUCUCCUCUGCUCAGACUCAGGCUACUCAGCUUGGCACAACAAAGUAGACCGCGACCUUCCUGAUUCUCCCAGGGCUACACGAAUUGGCGUGUACCUGGACUAUGCAGGCAACACAGUGGCUUUUUACUCAGUCUCAGAGACGAUGGAGCUUAUCCACAGAUUCAAAGCGCAGUUUAGUGAGCCUUUAUAUGCAGGUUUUGGUGUUGGCUCCUCAGUUACCCUCUGCCAGCUGAAGCAGAAUCCAAUGCCUUACUAAGACGAACUAACAGGAAAAUUUACCAUUGUAAAGUGUACAGUACUCAAGUAUAAGAAAAUUGGCUGAAUAUUGACUGUACAGUGAAAUGUAAAGUUAUUUUAUGCAAUAUUCAAUUUUAAACUCCUCUCUGACUGUCUCAACAAAAAAAUUAAACAAGUUUCACAAAGUAUUUACCGCACAGUUGCUGCACUAUUAGAUUGCACAUAUUUGUAUGCACACACUGAAUGUUCUUGUAAAAUAUGAUGAUAAUGCUUCAAUGAAUGUUAUUUCAAGGCUAUAACUUAAGAUCUAUAUGCCAAUAUGUUCAUCUAUAUGUAUGUUGAUUUAAUAUAGGUACUGCAGAUAACACAGUAGCGGUCAUGCAAUCCUGUAGCGCUAAUAACAGAAGACUUAUAUUCAACUGUAGUGUUUUUAUGAGCAUUAGCAUGUUGAAAUAAUCUGCAGACAGAUGUCAAAAUUAUUCAUACAGUAUGUGUAUG